UCAUUUUUGGGAGGACACUCAUACUCUCUGCACUCCCGUCAACACAUCUUAUGGUGAGACGGCUCCACUGAAGGCAUGUUCAGCCAGGGGAAAGGAUGGUUUCAGUCACACAGAAGAGCAGAAGCUGUGUGCUGCUGCUUCUCUCACUCACCACAUCAGUCUUUCCCCCUCUGCCCAUCUCUGUCCUCCCUGCUCUCACCCUCUCCGUCUGGCCUGUUCUUUCAUUACCUGCCCUGCCAACAUCAAGAGCAGUGCUCGCACCUGUUGGUGACACUAAUGUAUCAGCCAUUUCUUCUGCCACUCCUGCAACCCUAAAACCAUCCACCUCUGCUGUCAGGCCAGCAUCUUCGUCACAAGCCUCUGUGACAACUCCCUCAAAAUCAAUGUCAGCUAUUUCUGUAGUGUCACUCUUCAACCUAACGUCCCCCAGAGACCUCCCUAUAUCCUCACCCUUAGCUGCUACAAAAACAGUCUCCUGUCAGUUUGCCAAAAAAGCCUCACAGAGUACUGAUCCAGUCUGUCACCCUGUAUCCCACCUUCCUCUUAAACCCCUAAAACUAUUUCCCACCAAUAUCCCCAAGUUGCUCCCUCACUCCUGCAAACAUCUCACAUCACCCCUUAAAACUCUAAAACUACUUCUGCACAAAAAACGGAUCCGUCUGUAUCCUCCGUCUCCUGAGAAAUGUCCUCUUCACACUGCUAAAUUAUUUCCUCCUUCACUUCCAAAAAGUUUGCCAUCUCCCCCUCUACCUCAGACUACUUCACCCAAACUUCUGUCUCCAGUUUCAACAUCACCCCUCUCCAGAGUAUUCUCGCCUCCUCUCCCCAAAACCUUGCCAUCUCCUCCAGAAGCAGCAGCCUCUCGUCAGCCUGGACUGCUUCCACCUCCCCCUCUCCCCGACACCACAGGUCCACUGUUUGAGCACCAGCCUUUCAUUGUUAGCUGGAACAUCCCUGAUAUGGUGUGUAAGAGAUAUAAUGUCUCACUGGACACCUCACCCUUUAAAGGAGUGGCCACACCUGCUAAGGUCCCAGGACAGUUUCUGUCUCUGUUCUACACAGACCGACUGGGUCUUUACCCACAUGUAGACCUCAUGAGAAAGAAACAGUUGAAUGGUGGCAUCCCUCAGAGAGGUAACCUGAGAGCCAGUAUGAACAAGGCCAGAGCAGAUGUUAACUUCUACAUCCCAUCCAAGACAAGCCGAGGCUUGGCUGUGAUAGACUGGGAGGAAUGGCGCCCCCUAUGGGACAGAAACUGGGGCACAAAAAGAAUCUACCAGACUUUAUCUGUGGCCCACCUUAUGCAGACAAACCGCUCCCUCACAUUGCAGCAGGCCACAGAGAAAGCCAAACACCAGUUCCAGGUGGCAGCAAAGAGUUUCAUGUCAGGGAAGUUGGAAAUUGGCAGAGCUAUGAGACCCAACUAUCUCUGGGGCUUCUACCUGUUUCCUAACUGCUACAAUUACGGCUGGGAGAGGCCAAGCUACACAGGGCGCUGCUCCAAGGAGGUGAGGAGGCAGAAUGAUGAGCUGCUCUGGCUGUGGGAGUCCAGCACUGCCCUCUACCCCUCCAUCUACCUGCAGGUCAGUCUGGCAGACAAUCCCAAAGCUGCCCUGAUGGUGAGAAACCGCAUCCAGGAAGCUUUGAGAGUAUCUGCCCUGCCUAAAAGGAGUGUCACUGUGCCCGUGUUUGCUUACAUGCGACCUGUCUUUGUUGAUCAUAACAGACGCUUUCUCAGCCAGGGAGACUUGGUGAACACCAUCGGGGAGAGUGCAGCACUAGGAGGGUCUGGCGCUGUCGUAUGGGGGGCCAGCGCUGACUAUGACAACCAGACUUCUUGUGCAGCCCUGUCAUCCUACCUCUCCUCCACCCUCAACCCUUACAUCACCAAUGUCACCACAGCCGCCCAGCUCUGCAGCAACUUCCUGUGUCGGGGGAAUGGUCGCUGCGUCCGAAAGAACUACAACUCCAAUCACUACCUCCACCUAAACCCCGAGAAUUUCAGGAUCCUGCAUGUUCAGAAGCGCUACCUUGUCCUAGGGAGACCCACUCUCACAGACCUGAAGGCUUUGAGCAGGAGGUUUACCUGUCAGUGCUACAAAGGACUGAGCUGCUCUCCCAGGACUGACAAAGAGCUAGACAAGGCCCUGAUGUUUAGUGUGAAGCAAGGACUGUCCCAAAAGUUUAACGCCCUGAAUAAAGCCAUGGUGGACGAUACACUACAAACCAGUAUUACUAAGGACGAUGUUAAAAACAGCUUGAAAGUUUAGCUUGGAAUUAAAAUGUUUGCUCAAGAGUUCUUUUCUCAAUAUCUUUUUUUCAUGAAUACACCACCUAAACCAGUA